AUCUCAAUCGAAACCGACCCAAACCGACCCUGCGAAUUGACACCACUUAAUUCUCUCUGAGUCAAGGGUAAAGGCAAGGCGAUCUAAUUACUCUCCUUGACUCUCACAAUUGGUUGCCAUCUCUCUCUCUCUCUCUCUCUCUCUCCCUCCCUCUCUGCUAGCACUCAAACACUAGAAAAUGUUUGAUACUGGUGCUAAGCAGGCAACAACGAUCGGGUUUUGGUUGGAAGUUCUAGGCGCACCAGUGCAGAAUCGUUUUUGAUUUUUUUUUGGAUUUUGGAGGAAAUUUUCCGGAAAGAACGAAAGUGGAUUGCUUAUUAAUUUAUUUUCUCUGUGAUAGCCAAACAGAGCGGGUUUUAGGGCUCGACACCACAAGCUCUCGAGAAAUCAUACGUUGGCUGCUUAUUGAAGUCGUAAUCGUGACCUCUCCCAUGUCGGUUCUUCAAUCCCAGGUGCCUAUUUAUGCAUUUUUUCAAACAAGUCUUCUGCGCCCCUCUUAAGGCUCUUGAAUUUCCUAGUCAGUCUUUGAGAGAAUCCAGUGGGGCGCUGGAGAAUGAAUCACUGUGUUCCAGAUUUUGAAAUAGAGGAGGAAGGGUUGAACUUGAGCCCGAUUUCUUCGGAAUUACCCCGGCAGCAGGGGAAAUCGAAACUCAUAGAUGACGAUGAGCUCUUCGAGGUGGUAUGGAAGAACGGUCAGGUCGUUUUCCAGAGCCAGAGAUCUCCCAAGAAAUCGUCACAGACAGAAGCAGUCUUGGACGUCCAAUUGUGUGUAGCGACGGCAGAGGAAGGUGCAUCGCGUCAUCUGUCCUUGCAGGAAGCCGAGAUGGCUUCAUGGCUACACUACCCUGACCCUCUCGAGGAAGACAUCUGUGCUGAUCUCCUCUACACUUCUCCAACCAGUGACUUCAGCCAGUCCAGCCGUGUUAGUCAGAUUCAGGAAGAGAACAGGAUUCCGGCGGCGGCUCCGGCUCCGGCUCCGGCUCCAGCUCCACUGUCGAGAAGUGAAUCGACGGUUAUCGAUUCUAACAUGACGCCAGCAGUGGGGCCCGGUUCUGGGGUUUCACACAGUACGAGGAGUUCGGCGCCGUUUUCUAGGUGCGGCAGUAUGACCGGUGAUACACUGACGUCUACGGAUGCGGUGGUGGGUGAAGUGGUGAGCGUUGAGCCAACUGUGACGUCAUCUUCCGGUGAUUCCGGUGGCAGUGCAGAUCGGUUGGGGGCGCCGCCGUCAACUGACCGUAAACGAAAGGGAAUAGAAGCGGACGACGCCGAGUGCCGCAGCGAGGUCAGUCUCUCUCUCCUUCUCUUUCCAGAAGCUUCUUAUAUCUAUUGUACUGUAGAGGUAUCGUCGCAUUGCCGAUCAACCCCUAGGACCUCCAGCGCUCUGAGACACCUAAACCGUGAGAAUGGUGGAGGCUCUGUUGGAAACACGUGGCAGAGUUUUGCGGGGAUUUCUAAUGGGUAAUGGGGCUCAGAAAAUUGAUGGUGGGA